AUGAAUGAUGAGUUGAGCCCGUUUUCUUUAGGCUUGGUCUCGAUACGUCGGUUCGGGAGGGCUGGCACGGAAUUGAACAACUCUCGGAGGUUCGAGGGCAGCAAAGACAGAGGUGGUGUGUCGGCUCGCUCGUGUCAGGUGGCGAACAGCAGCGGCUCGCCGGUAAAGAAGAGUCGUCAUGAACGCAUCAGUCCGGUUAGCAAGGCCGGAAGAGAAGCAGCAGGGUUCUCCGGAAGAGCAGCGGGUCAGGAGAAAUUGGUGAUGGCUCGCCGGGAGAACUCAAAAGGCGGACAAUUAACCGGAAAAAGGGGCAGCAGAUCCCGUCGGAGGUCGCUGGUCUCAACAAUUGAUCGAACAACCGGUGAACGAAUGGUUGACAACAAAUUUCAGAGGUUGGGUCGCGAGCGGAUUAUGCUGUUUCCUCCGCCAAUCUGGUCUGGGCGAUGA